AACAGUAAGGGCUUUGAAAAUUGGUUUUCCUCUCAAAAUCGAAGAAUUUGGGGAACGAGACCAGAAAUUCGAAUUAAGCCAUUUCAAAUUGGUUCUCCUCGAUUCCUUCCUCUGUAAUUUGGAAACCCUAAUUCCCGUCGCCGGAACUUUUGACUACGCCUUCUGUUUGUUGAUAUUGAGAGUAAAAUGUUGAGUAAAGUCUCCCCAAGUGGAGAGCUCUUGAGCCGGUGGAGGAGAAUCGAGGAAGACGAAGAGGAGAAUGACGAUUCUGAUCCUUCCUCAGUUCGGCGUCUUAAUCAGCGCAAAGAACAAUGGUUUACGGAUGCAUUCACUUUAUUGAUAUCUUUGCCCAAGGAUACUCAUAUAUGGUGUGGGCAUGGGGAUGUAAUGGGACCUCUUCUAGAGACAUUCUACAAUUACUUCAAAGAUGAUAGAGUUGAUUCACCUCUCAAGGUCUUGUGGAAGAGAAUCUCUGAAGAAAUGCGGCUUUGUGCCCAAUGCAUUUGUCAGCACCAUCAGACUCAAGAGAUGUAUGAAAAAGAGUAUGAGUGCUCUUCUGUUGGUCCAUUACUUGAUGUGUUGCGGAAACUUGAUGAGGAAAGGGUCACGAGGCACUUGCAAGAGAUCAAUUUCAAAGUUGAAAAUGGAACUUAUGAUCCAGAUCAUCAUCAUGCGGAAGUUGUUAGUGUUAUGUACGAGGUUUUGAUGUUUCCGUUCUUCUUUGAUGAUAUGUCCUUAUGCGCUGAGUUUGAGAAAUUUAUUGAGUCAAUCGACAACAUACACGAGCUUGCGUUUGCUGAGAAUCAAGAAUUUCCGGGUGUGUAUGCACUCCUUUUUCUCAAUAGACGGGUGCGUAUAAUUGGUUAUCGCUUGGCAAGGGCCAUGGGAAAGUUGAGGUCAGCAACCCAGUUAGAGCGCCUCCAACCAUUGCUCAAGAAAUUCAUUGGAAUUCUGGAGAUGGAGGGACUGCCUUCUGCGUCUCAGGAACCGAGGCCGAGGAUUUAUCUAGACCGCUCAUCUAUAUGGCUUGGGAUGACAUCAUUGCUUGAGUUCUUAGAAGGCCCUGCUUUUGAAGAGGGGAUAUUAGAGCCUUAUCCCAUUUUUGUCGAUACAGUGUUGAAUCACAUAAGUGGUGAUUCACCUGAAUUUUCGCUGGCUGUUAAUUGUCUAAAAGAGCUAUUUAAGACACUUGGUUGUAAGCUCUGGUUUAGGUCUACCUUGUCCCCAAGUGUGAUGCGUAACACAUUGUUGGGUCAGUGUUUCCAUACAAAAGCUGAGAAGAUCCACAAAGCCAUUUUUGAUCUUUUCCAGCCAUUAUUACAGUCCCUUGAGGCUUUGCGAGAUGGUGAGCAUGAAAAGCAACGUAGACACUUUCUCUACUUUCUCCUUCAUCAGGUCCCAGUUAGCAGUAACUUCAGCCUUUUAGCAAGAAGAAUUGGCCACAAGAUUGCUCUUCUUAUUGUACUCAGAGGAUACAAGAUGAACCCACCUUGCCCUCCCUUUGAGUGUGCACACAUGUGGGGCCCAUCUCUUGUGUCGUCGUAUAAAGAUUCUUCACUUCAUAUUUCAUUGCGACAACCUGCUAUUGAUCUUGUCCAAGCUAUCCUGGUAUCUGAUGCAACAGCCUUACUAGCUUCGCUGCUACGUAAUAAGACUGGUAAAUAUAUGGGCGAUGAGAUGCAAUCUGACGAUGAUGACAGUAAUCUCCCCUUUUCCCAUAUUGCUGAAGACGUAAGUGAUCGUUCCUGGAGUGACUUUACCCAGCAGAGCAAAAUUACUCUUGGGGAAUGCAAAGAGUGGAUGUGCAUUCCGAUGCUGUGGAUUACUACUCUUACAAAUACAAAUCUUCUAAACCUCCCAGUAUCGCUAUCCCAAGCAGUAUUUUGGGCUCGAUCACGUUUUUGUUUGGUGGAAUCUGAAAAGAAUGAUGAAAUGACAGUUGAUAUCGAAACUUGGCUUUCAUCUUCUGCUGUUGAAAUCAAAGGCACGCUUGGAUGGAAGGUAGCAACAGGAUCUGAUGACGGGGGGCCAGGAAAGGAGUCCAAAAACUCAGUGACAGUAUCAAAGAUGUGUCUUACAUUGAUACGAACAUUGAAGAGAUUGACCACUUGUUAUCUGGUCCAAAUGGGUGAAGAAUGUCGAAAACAGUGGACCUGGGUACCAGGGAUGGGAGAAACGUUCAUCCUUUCUCUUUCAGACCCAGAUGACAAUGUAAGGCAGUUUGGAAAGUCUAUGCUGGAGCAUGUUUCAAAUACCAGAGGUCUGUCUUGUGGGUUGAAGUUUCUCUGCUCUCAAACUUCUCACCUCCUAUUUGUUUCUUCCGGCGUUAGACAUGUUUUACAGCAGGUCAAUUUGAGCUCUGUCCUUCAAAGCUUUCAGAUCCUGCACCACUUUUUCUUUUUAUUGUUCAAGUUGCUUAAGGAAGAGGAGGUGGCCAUUACUGACGUGGUGAAGAUUUCCGCAGGGGGGUUUCUGAGGCAACCUAACUUUAAUGUUUUGCCUGUGAGUGAGGGCAGAAAUCCCUUGAGUGCUACCCCGGAAUUGCUUAAGUUUCAGUACUUUCUGGCAGAAGUUGCAUGGGGCGUGAUAAGGAAGUGCCUAGUUGAGGGAAAGGCUUUCAUCAAUCAAAGUCUUUGCCAGAUGACAUGUGUACGUUUGCUUGAGAUUCUUCCUGUCGUUCUGGGAAAACUUAGAGUAAGCCGUGAAGAGUCCUUUCAUACUAGAGGAACUUUGAAAGAUGUGUCUGGUCUUAAAUGGCUUCCUGAUCUCAUUGAUUGGGGAAGGUCACAACUUAAGGUUGUUGUUGCGUAUUGGAAACGAGCAUUAGUGGCUUUGCUAGACAUCUUACAAGGAUCAAACAGUGACGCUUGUUCUUCGGCAGUCCAAGCUAUCAGACAUGUUCUAGCCUCUGAUGAUGUUGACAUCGAGCAAUUAGCAGAACAAAUCUCACGCCUUGUUCCCAAGGCAAACGAGUACCAGAUUCUCAAACCUGUUGAUGUUGUUGGCAAAGUACAAGAUAAUAUGAUGGAUCUAACAGUGGAUGAGACAGAAAAGGAAUCAUUGAAGAAUUUACCUAGUCUGCAUAAGUCUCAUCAACCUGACAUCAAUAAAACUCUUCCACCUAUCACAAGCAUCUCACAGGUCUCUUCUCUGAAGAAGAGUACUUCUAGUAUUGAUGCUUCAAAGCUUUUAGCGCCAGUUCUCUCAGAGAGAGAUGUUACAGUUAGCUCCACGAAUAUUGUUAGGGAUCUUCCCACGACAAACGCUGAACCAAGCAAGGCUGCUGGUAUGAGUAGGGAAGCGGAAAAAAGACAGAAUGUGGAAGAUCCUGUUUCAUCUGGAAACAGACCCAACUUAAAGGCUACUGAUGAACUCGGCCCUCGUGGAACUUCAAAAGAGGCUCAGAAAUCUGCGAUUUCCAACACAAAAGGCAUGGAUUUGAGAAAGGUGGUAAAUGAGACGGAGGCUGAUCCACUGGACUUGGCCCUUAAAUCUCUGAAACCGCAGUUAUUACCCCUGGCAAAACCAGGGCCCAUUGUUCCCAAAAGACAAGUCAUUCAACUUUGUGCACCUGUCACUAAGAAAUCCGAUCGUUGGCAGAGGCAAGAAGCCGGAUUUAAAAGAUUCAGACCACCAAAGCUUGAAGAUUGGUUUAGAAAGAUUUUGCAAAUGGACUACUAUGCGAUAGUGGGAUUGGCGUCAACAAAUAAAGAUGAGAAUCAGAAUGUUGGAAAAUUUAGGGAAGUUCCUGUGCGCUUUGGUUCACCUGAGCAAUAUAUUCAGAUUUUUCAGCCCUUGGUUUUGGAGGAGUUUAAAGCACAGCUGCAAAGUUCCUUCCAGGAGAUAUCAUCACUGGAGGAGAUAUAUUAUGGUGUUCUUUCAGUGUUAUCGAUUGAAAGGGUUGACGAUUUUCAUUUUGUUCGUUUUAUGCAAGACGAAAAUGAUGGAUCCAACUCGAAAAGUUUCUCUGAGAAUGACUUGGUUUUGUUCACGAAAGAGCAUCCAGAAAGCAGCAAUGUCGGUGUUAAUAUGAUGGGAAAGGUAGAAGGACGGGAAUGGGAUGACAAAAAACGGUCCAGCAUUUUGAAUGUACGGUUGUAUCUUCAGAAUGCAUCUUCACGUCUGAAUCAAGCUAGAAGAAAUCUCUUGGAACGUAGCCAGUGGCAUGCAAGUCGCAUUCUCAACAUUACAUCCCAAAUUCGCGAGUUUCAAGCUCUGUCGUCCAUAAAGGAUAUUCCUAUACUACCUCUGAUCUUAAGUCCUAAGAGUGAUUCUAAUUAUGAUUCCGAAGUUAAAAGAUCAGAUCUGCGUUCACUACCACAUUCUCUACAGCAAAUACUUAAAUCAUCUUUCAAUGAGAGUCAACUUCAGGCUAUUAGUGUUGCUAUUGGCUCAUCCAAUUUGAUGAAAGCUUUUGACAUUUCACUUAUCCAGGGUCCACCAGGGACUGGCAAGACGCGCACUAUUGUUGCCAUUAUUAGUGGCUUGCUUGCAUCCGCUUUACAUAAAGCAAGUGACAGGGGAAAUUCUGAACCAGAUCAUAGUUCUUCAACCUCUAGGCAGAGAAUGAAUCCGAGUGUCGCUAUUGCAAGGGCAUGGCAAGAUGCAGCUCUGGCUAAACAGCUAAAUGAUGACGAGGAAACAAAUAAAAAGAUAGCAGAAAAGAAUGGUAGAGGAAGGGUGCUGAUCUGUGCUCAGUCAAAUGCUGCAGUUGAUGAAUUAGUUUCAAGAAUAUCCAGUUUAGGCAUAUAUGGCAGGGAUGGGAAGAUGUUCAAACCUUAUCUUGUGAGGGUUGGAAAUGCAAAAACUGUUCAUCCAAAUUCAAUGCCCUUCUUUCUUGAUACCCUUGUUGAUCAGCGUUUGGCAGAGGAGAGAAUAAGGAUAAACGAAUCUAAGAGUAAUAAAGGUGCAGAUUCUUCUGCAUUACUGCGCUCUAAUCUAGAAAAAAUAGUUGAUCAGAUCACGCAUUUUGAAGCGAAGCGUGCAAACAUAAAUCAGGAAAGUUUAGACGCCAAAGAUAAGCCGGAGAAUGAACACCACAACAAAGAUGAUGAUGGCAAGCCAAUGUCCGAUGCGGAGCUAGGAAUAAGAUUGCGAAGGUUAUAUGAGCAGAAGAGAAAAAUUUACAAAGAUCUUAGUGCUGUUCAGGCUCAAGAGAGAAAAGCCAACUAUGAAAUGAGAGCAUUGAAACAUAAGUUGCGGAAGUCCAUUCUUAAAGAAGCUCAAAUAGUCGUUACAACUUUAAGUGGUUGUGGAGGAGACCUGUACAGUGUGUGUGCUGAAUCUUUAUCAGCCCAUAAAUUUGGUAGUCCAUCUGAAGAUAAUUUAUUUGAUGCGGUAGUGAUUGACGAAGCAGCUCAGGCCCUGGAGCCUGCUACGUUGAUUCCUCUACAACUGUUAAAGUCAAGAGGAACAAAAUGUAUAAUGGUUGGAGACCCAAAGCAGCUUCCAGCAACUGUGCUCUCUAACGUUGCAAGUAAAUUUUUGUAUGAAUGCAGCAUGUUUGAACGUCUGCAAAGGGCUGGGUACCCUAUCCUUAUGCUUACCCAGCAGUAUAGGAUGCAUCCAGAAAUUUGUCGAUUCCCGUCUAUGCAUUUCUACGACUAUAAGUUACUAAAUGGUGUUGACAUGUCAAGUAAAUCAGCACCGUUUCACGAGAGCCAUCAUCUUGGACCAUAUGUUUUCUAUGAUAUUGUUGAUGGCCAAGAGCAUCGAAGUGGCGAUUCUAGUUCUGUAUGCAAUGAACAAGAAGCUGAAGCUGCUGUUCAACUGCUUAGAUUUUUCAAGAAGAGGUACCCCUCCGAAUUUGUUGCUGGAAGAAUUGGCAUUAUAACCCCUUACAAACGUCAGCUUGCCGUUUUGCGUUCGCGUUUCACUGGUGCAUUUGGGGCUCAAGUAACAGCAGAUAUGGAAAUGAAUACUGUGGAUGGCUUUCAAGGCAGAGAAGUGGACAUAUUAGUGUUAUCCACUGUAAGAGCUACACAUUCUGAUCCUGAUGGGGUCAAUCAAAGUCGGAUUGGUUUUGUUGCAGAUGUUAGACGCAUGAAUGUUGCUCUCACUAGAGCCAAACUCUCCCUUUGGGUUUUGGGUAACACACGAACCUUGCAAAGAGACCAUAACUGGGGUGCUCUUGUGAAAGAUGCAAAAGAAAGAGAAGUCAUCAUACCAGUUAAGCGACCAUACAACAACAUGUUUGGUGAAUAUGUGAUGGAACAAAACCAUUCUGAGAAUCUUCCAAAGAAUUUUCCUAAGCCUGAGAAACAGCAUUCACGCCGCAAAGAACAGAGGGCAGAGACAUCUUCUGAUAGAAAAAUGAGGAAAUCUGAUGGAGAUUUUGUGCCUAUCUCAUCAAGAGGAUCAGAGAGAAAGCACAGCAGACGAAACGUCAAAGAAGAAGCUUCUUCUCAAAGGGAAAAACAAGCUGCAAGCUGUGAGAAGGUAGCAUCUGAAGAGACUCUGAAACGGAGCCAUGAAAAGAAAGAAAAAAUGAAAGGCAGAGAGAAAAGCAGUAAUCCAGAGAAUACAGAUACAAAUAGUUCAAAGAACGAAAAUUCUAAUGAGUGGAAGAAAUCUAAGAAGGCUUCAUCAAAGGUUGACAGUAGCAAGAGGGCAAAUCCCAUAGAUGAAAUUGGACAGAAAGAUAGACAAAUAAACAAAGGCAAUGCUUCUAAUCAAGGAGGUGUUGAAGAUAUGAUAUCCAAACGAAAGCAACAGCGUGAAGCUGUUGCUGCCAUUCUCAAUUCGUCUCUGAUUCCUUCACAUAAGCCCAAACCUCCAAAGCGACCAUUGUCCCCAGGUUCAACCGCUGGCAGUGAUACAAGACCGCCUAAGGCGAUCAAAGAGUCGACCAAGAACAACAGUAAACAAAGAUAACAAACAAAAAACAACUGAUUUCACAAAGGUUAUUAUUUCCCACAAUCGUGAACCAGCUGCUAAUUUCCGGUUUCAUGGGUAAGUUUUAUAGAUUCCUCUGGCAUCAUUCAUCAUAGGUUCUCUCAUGUACCAACUCUGAAACUAGGCAGUGGGAGAAAUUUUUGGCUAACUUUUAGUGUUGGCAACUCCAAUUGCAAAAUUUUGUGUAAAGUUGCCUGCUAAGAAAUUUUAUUUUGCGGUGUA